UACAGGCUAGUGAUUCCAAUUGAACGAAGUGAAUUUUGCAGUAGUCUGUUUUUUGUUUACUUCGCAUCUGGUACAUUCGUUAUUAAUUGAUAACCAGUAUUUUAAAAAAUCACGAAUUGUUUUGUCUUUUUGGAAUGCGUGAUCUGCAUGUGUAGGAAAAACUAACCAGUUUUACGUGUUUCAUAUAGAAAAGACUGGGAGUUUCUUAUGUAACACAUGACUGUCCAUCUAAUACGGAACCCUGGCGGUUACUCAUAUCACAUUGGACGUUUCUCAAAUGACACAUUCGAUAUAUCUUUUAAAUUUCACAUUGGAUAUUUCUUAUAUGACACAUUGGAUAUUACUCAUAUGAAUUGAAUACUACUAUUUCUUAUACGACACAUUGGAUAUUUGUCAAAUAACACAUUGGAUAUUUCUCAUAUGACACAUUGGAUAUUUCUCAUAUGACACAUUCAAUACGUCUCAUUGUAAGUUUCAGUGAGACAGGAGUUUUCUCAUUUACAAGACUGUAAGUUUCUAUAAGACAGGAGUUUUCUCACUUACAAGACUUUGUAAGUUUCUAUAAGACAGGAGUUUUGUCAUUUACAAGACUUUUUAUCUUUCUAUAAGACAGGAGUUUCUUCUGUAUCACCCUUGAGUGUGGCGUGGAUUCUGUGCGUGUCACAAUGCGACGACUGGUACGAGGACCGGGCGUGCUGCUUCUACUCUCUGUCUGUAUGACGUCAGUCAUACUCGUCGGCUUUCUCAGGCUCGGUCCAAAAGACAGACAACCAUUACUGGACGCACGGAUCGUGGACGGCCAUACAACUAGGUUGAGGAAGGAACUAAAAGAGCGACGUUUGAAGGUCCAAGACACGUGCACGAAACACGAAAUGGGUAGAACAGAAAACAUCUUGGUCUACAAACCACUCAAAAUGGCCUACUGCGUUGUGCCCAAAGUCGGCUGCACGUUCUGGAUUCGGAUAUUUCGCUUUCUGAACCACGAUACCGGAGGAAUAGCGGUGCGCAGUCCGUUCGAGAUAGACGCGGGUAUUGCGCAUGAAGCCGGGAAGAGAACCAUGAAGAUGUACAGAAUGGAGAAAGCCGAGGAUGCAGCAGAGAUCGGCAAUAUGACGCGCUUCAUGUUCUCCCGAAAUCCCUACUCGAGACUGUGGUCUGCCUACGUGGAUAAGUUCAUUCUACCCAACUUGUGGUCGUCCACGGGGAGGAGAAUAGCCAAACGCAGAUACAACGCCAGCCACACCAGCCUGGAGUGCGGCCAUGAUGUGACUUUUGAAGAGUUUUUGCAGUUCGUUACUGACGAAGGACUGAAAUCUGCCGCGAGUCUGGACGGCCACUGGCGCCCCAUCCAGUUCUACUGUAACCCGUGUAUCUUCAACCCACACAUCGUGGCCAAACAGGAGACGUUUUUAAGAGACUCGAGACAUAUCCUCUCGCAUUUCCAUCUUAGUGACCUGCUGCAGAACUUCUCCCAUGAUGCUCACAUGGAGAGUGAAAUCAAAUCUAUCGUCAAAUGGAAUUUCAGCUUCAAAGAUAGAGAAGCCUCGAGGUGUGUUUCAAAUAAACUCUUGGCGGAACGGAUAUGGACAGCGCUGCAGAUUAACGGUUAUCUGCCCCUGGACACGAGGUGGCCUGACAGGAAAUACCAGGAAAGUGACGUCAGCGUUUCUACCUUUCUAACAGAGGCACUGGAAACUCGACGUCACAACCCGAGAACUGCGGACGCGUGGCGAUCGACAAGAAGUCAGAUUAUGGUUGGUGCGUAUGCACUCGUGUCGAAACCUCUUCUAGACAAAAUUGUACUUCUUUUUCAAAAGGAUUUUCAAUAUUUUGGUUACGAAACGACUCUUGAUGGAUAUUUAGAUUAGUAAGAAACAUAUGACAUACCUUGUGGUGGUCAGUUUUUGUAAUAAACCAAGACGUGA